AGUAUCCGUCAAAUAUUAUCAUGCCAUAGGGUCAGGCAAUGCGAAUUUUUGUUGUUAAAUUUAAUGGCGCUCAAAAACGAGCAAUAUAAGACCUGAAAUAUUCCGCGUGACUUGUUGUGAAUAGCGUUCACUUGUGAUGGGAUACAUAAUUUUUUCUGUGUUGGGGGUACUUAUUGCUUUUUCUGAAGCCUUCCUGUUUGCAAUUACUAAAAACAACGCUUUGGGGUCAUGUCAACCGAAUUUUCUCUGUCCUCCAAUGUGUUUAAAAAAGACGACUUCCGGUUGUGAUUGUGACUGUAGUAACAUGGAUCCGUCACAUCCGGGGAAUCUCGGAGGGAAUCCCAACCAGCAGAUGAAUUCAGGAGGUCAAGUAACGCUGAUAGGCACUGGUUGCAACACAAAAUGGAUGAAUUGUCGGUCACCGUGCGCAGCAGCUGUCAACCCCGCUUCCGGUUGUGUAGAGUGCAACUGCCCCCAAAUAAUGACAUCGUUGCCGGUUACACAAUCACAGCCAGUCACGACGUCAUACAGAAGCACCGCCUCACAGACACCCAAAUCAUCAACGAUUACAUCAGCUGCAACGACGACAGGAACUACCUCACGUGUAUCUAGUAAAAUGACGUCACAGACACCUUCUACAACAGCCACAACACAAUUCACUACAACGUCACAGAAGGCAAUUACAUCAUCCGUGUCUAGCACUACGUCACAACCCUCUACCACAAAAACCACAACACCAUCGACGACACAGCCUCUAUCUUCGAGUAGAAUCUCAACUACUGCAGUACCGCCUCUCUCUGUCUCGUCAGCUUCUUCAACUAAAUCCGUCAAUUCUUGUCCGGGCGCUAUACAGUGUAUUCUAAGCUGUAAGAAUGGAUUUGUGAUCGGUCCCACACCGGGUCCCGAUGGUUGUCCUAGCUGUUCAUGUAAAACGGUUCCAACUACCCUAAAGACCAAUAUGUCCACAACAUUAUUUAAGCCCGUUAGUUUCCCGGCUCACCUCACGAUCUCGCCUUCAGUGACCACGCCCAUCACCAAGACACGCCUACCUAGCAGUACUCUACGGAGAAUCAUAUGUCCGGGGGUGUUCAACUGCUCUAAGACUUGUUACACUGGAUACCGCCUAGACUCUCAGGGGUGUCCGCUUUGUGAAUGUGCACCACAACCAACAGGGCUGCCCUGAAAAUUG